CGCGAGACCGGAGAGCGGGGUUGGUUGAGCGGUCAGGAAGGAGGAAGCGGCUAUGGCGGUAGGGAAGCGCCGCCUCGGAUCCCCCCGCCGCCGCCGCUCCUUUUCCUGCUAGCGAAAGAAGCCGGUUGAGUUCGGGGCCGGGAAUGGCGGCCCACACGCGGCUGCGGCCGCUUCCCUUUCUGCUCCUGGUCUUCUUGGCCGCGCCCUUCGCCGCCCCCGAGCAGGAGGCCGGCCAGGACCGAGAGCCGCUGCCACAACAGGAGCAACAGAAGCCGCCGCCGCCACAGCAGCCUGCGGUGCAGGGGCCGGAGCUUGCCCGGGCCGAGAAAGGGCCUACUCCAGUUGUCCCGGUCCGUUCUGUCAGUGAAGAGUCUCCAGAUAAGACUAACCUGGGAUUUAUCCAUGCAUUUGUGGCUGCCAUAUCAGUCAUCAUUGUCUCUGAACUUGGCGACAAGACUUUCUUCAUUGCAGCCAUCAUGGCAAUGCGUUACAACCGGUUAACAGUGCUGGCUGGUGCAAUGCUUGCCUUGGGGCUGAUGACCUGUUUAUCAGUUCUGUUUGGCUAUGCUACCACAGUGAUCCCCAGAGUGUACACCUACUAUGUGUCGACGGCACUGUUUGCCAUUUUUGGCAUCCGAAUGCUUCGGGAAGGCUUGAAGAUGAGUGCAGAUGAGGGUCAGGAAGAGCUAGAGGAGGUUCAAGCGGAACUCAAGAAGAAAGAUGAAGAACUCCAGAGAACAAAACUGUUAAAUGGGCCCGGAGACGUGGAAAUGGGAACAGGCCCCACAGUACCUCAGAGAAAAUGGCUGCAUUUUAUUUCUCCCAUUUUUGUGCAAGCUUUCACUUUAACUUUCCUAGCAGAAUGGGGUGACCGCUCUCAGUUAACCACAAUAGUUCUGGCAGCAAGAGAGGAUCCCUAUGGUGUGGCAGUAGGUGGAACAGUUGGACAUAGCUUGUGUACCGGUCUAGCAGUGAUUGGAGGAAGAAUGAUAGCACAAAAAAUCUCUGUUCGAACUGUGACAAUCAUAGGAGGCAUCGUUUUCUUAGCAUUUGCAUUCUCUGCACUAUUUAUAAGCCCAGAUGCUGGUUUUUAACGAGAUGUCUUCCGCUUUCCUUGAAGCUGAUAGGAGCAAGAGACCCACCCUUGUAUUUCUGUAUAUAAUGUACAGCUACUUGGUAAAACAAACACUGAAGAUGGGAUGCUGUAACUUUUAUAGUAACAUUUGGUUGGUAUACUUUGUGGAUGCAACCUGUGCUGGAGACUUCCAUACUCUAUAUAUUUGGGACAUGAAUAAUGUACAUUUUCUUACUGUAGCCGGUUCAGGUAAGCUGAGAUCCACCUUCUGAAACUUCACAGGGUUUGCUACUUCGAUCGCCACUAGCCAUCACUUUAAAAUCCCUUUUCUGGAUGAAUUACUGCUACCUGUGGCUAGCAGUUAUGCCUUAUUAAGUGUCUAGUACAAAGUAUUGAGGAAAAACAUUUGCCUCCAAUCUUGUAGCCCAAGCACACUGUUCCACAAUCAAAAAUGACAACUGGGGAAAUGGAGCUCUGCUCUUGUGGUGAACACACCUACUCAAGGAUUUGUGAAUACUUCGUUUGCAACUAACUGGUGGAGAAAAUCAGGAUACUUGGAAUGAAAUGUGCUUAUUUGGAAUCUCAAUGUCUUCAGAUACGCAAUCCAUCUAGAUAUCAACCAGAUCAAAUCCUUUUUUUUCUUUUCCUUUUUUGGUAUUUAUACUAAAUAUUUGCUGCAUUUCCGGAUUAAAAUACUUACUAAAGUGUUCAUUGUUUUCCUUUUAGUAACUAAAAUGUAAUAUGGAAGAACAUGAAUAAACUAGGUGUCUCCUGUUAUAGAAAUGUAAUUGCUUUGGCUGGUAGCUUAAUUCAGAGGAAAAUGUGUACUAAACUAUACUGCUCAAUA